UGUCGCCAUAUUUAUAUUUGUACAGGUGUGUUGGGGUCAUUGUAUAUGUUAGAAAAUAAAUUUGUUUAUGGUAUGGGUAAAGGAUCACCAUGACGGUUGAUUUCAGUGAUUAUUUUUGGGGGGAGAAAAACAAUGGAUUUGAUGUUCUGUAUCAUAAUAUGAAAUACGGUUUGGUUGCAAGUAAAGAUUUUGCAGAGUUUUUGAGGGAAAGAUCCAGUAUUGAGGAGAACCAUUCAAAACUUCUGAGCAAACUUGCCAAACAGGCUGCAGGGGGAUGUGUUCAAGGAACAUUUGCUCCUCUCUGGCAAGUGUUACGUACCUCAGCUGAGAAACUUUCCAACCUCCAUAUGCAGAUGGUUCAGAAAGUUUCAGAACUUGUGAAGGAAGUGAGCAGAUAUGCAGACGAACUGCAUAAGAAGCAUAAAACCGUGAAAGAGGAGGAGUCCGGUACGCUAGAAGUAGUGCAGACAAUCCAGUCAACAGCGUUAACUCUACAAAAGGCAAAGGAUACGUAUACGCAGAAGGGUUUAGAAUUUGACAAAUUAAAAAAAGAAAAUGCAUCUGCAAAAGAUCUGGAGAAGGCCGAAGCAAAAUUAAAAAAGGCUCAAGAAGACUAUAGAAACUUGGUAGAAAAAUACAGUGCCAUAAAGGAAGAUUUUGAAAAGAAGAUGUCUUUGGCUUGUAAGCACUUUCAAGAUGUAGAAGAAUCACAUAUUAAACAAAUGAAAGAAUUUCUCAAUACCUAUGCUGAAGUACUGCAGAAUAAUCAUGAUCUCAUUGGACAGGUUCACAUAGAAUUUAAACGACAAUGUUUGGAAAUGACUGUGGAUAAACUUCUUGAGCAGUUUGUACUGAACAAAUACACUGGACUAGAGAAGCCAGGUUCUAUAGAAUUUGAGGAACUGAAUAUGUCAGGAUUAGCUUCAGUUAGUAACCAGACACCUGAUACCACAGAUAAAACAACAAAUGGUGAUAAGCCUUCCAAAAAAGAAGGUAAUCUAGAGUCUGGUGGCCAGAAACCAAAAGAAAGCAAAACAUCCCGCCGCACUACCUCCCUUCUGAACCUCUUCAUGUCUAACUCCCAGGGAAGCAAAGAAUGCAGUGGGAACCCUGAGGGAGGGAGCCUUCCCACCUCAGCCCCCACCAGCCCAACCAGUGGGGUCGGGGCAGGGGCAGGGGCAGGGACCGGGAUCCCACCCAAUGGGAAUGCAACCUUGCUAGCACGGAACCCCUUGCGAGGAUCAAAGUGGUUCCUGAGAAGUAGAAGAGAGAAACGUAAAGAAAAGAAAGCAAAAAAGAAAAAGGAUGGGUCAGAUAAUACAAGCAGCAAGGAAGAUAAGUCAGACCUAAAGCCUGCAAGUCUUGAUGAUUCCAGGGAAGACAAAGAAGACAGUCGAAAGUCAGAAACACCAACUCCUGAAGUGGAUGAAGAAGGUUACUGCAUUCGCCCUAAAGUUGACCUUUGGGAGAAUGAUAAGGGCAGCUUCUACUCGAGUUCUGACACAGACUCAGACGAUGAUCGUGAACAUAAAAUCCACGUGGAAAUCAAACCAUUGAGUAACGGCUCUGCACCAAUGAGUGCCAGUGUUGAUGAGCUUCGGGCAACUGUUGAAAACUUGUCACUGUCUCCAGUAGCAAUGGUUUCUGGUCGAAGGGGCUCCAAUGCUGAAUCUGACCAUCAUAUGAAGAGAUCUCAGUCAGUUUCUCAACAGCUUGGUGGGAAACCAAGUAGUGAUUUGCUAGGACUGAAUCUGUUUCAAAGUCCAACAGCAUCGAGUGCCUCAACCCCGACGGGAGCUCCAAGUGGAGGUCACCCAUAUGCUCCACUGCAGAGUCCCACACAGCCUUCCAUGGGGAGUCCUGCUCCCUCUUCUUCAUCUCGAUAUGCAGAUCUAGGAGAUUUGUUCUCGGAAGUGGGAGAGAUCCAGCCAGCUUUACCUCCAAAACAGUCCAGACAAACUCCUACACCAACACAGGGCUCAAUAGCAAUUCCUAGGCCUCCAUCCCGGAGAGGGGAGGGCCCAUCGCCACGAGGUCGAGUAAGUCCAGCUCCAGGUCCAUCUCCCAUCUCAAGGGCUGACAGUGUGGGCAGCCUUGAAUUUCGAACUGCAGGCGUUCCUGUUGGUUCAUCAAGAGGUCCAUCACCUCUGACCAUCGGAAUGGCUGACACCAUCCCUCUGGCUGUUGCUUUUCAUGAAAUUGUGCACUCCUAUUUCAGGGGGACUGACGAAACUAAGUGCCAGGUUAAAUUGUCGGGUGAUAUGAUGUUGUCUUUUCCUGCGGGCAUCGUUGCAGUUCUUGCCAAUAAUCCGAGCCCUGCACAGCUGUCAUUCCGUAUUCGCAAUACACAACGUCUUGAUAAUAUAGUACCCAACAAACAACUGGUUACAGUAGAUUCUGCACAGUCUAGUAAUGAGAGUAUACUAUUCGAGUUCAACAUGAGUGCCUUAACCGCACUGCUAAGAAGACAGUCUGAACAAAAUCCAUCAGCAUCUUACUUCAAUGUUGAUAUCCUGAAGUAUCAGGUUAAGCCGAAGAGUGGCGCAGGGUCAUGUCCUUUCCAGUUGGUUGCAUACUGGAAAUGUGAACCAAGUCAUACAGAUCUUAAGGUGGACUAUAAGUACAAUAGCCAUGCCAUGGCCUCACCAUCUCCUUUGCUUAAUCUGAUGGUAGCAGUUCCCGUGGAUGGUGGAGUCAAGUCCAUGCAGUCAAAACCGACAGCACAGUGGCUAGCAGACAGUAACCGAGCUAUAUGGAAAUUCACUGAGCUCUCACAGCACAGUGAGAAUCAUGGAGUGGGCUCUCUGCGUGCUCGUUUGGAAGUCACCAGUGGCCCAAGUUCUCAAGGAACAAUUGCCACACAGUUUAACUGUGAAGGUACAACUCUUUCUGGAGUGGAAUUUGAGCUGGUUGGAACUGGGUACAGACUAUCUCUGGUUAAGCGCAGAUUUGUUUCAGGAAAAUAUAUCUGCGAUGGAGACCCGGAUCCCAAGUACAGAUACGCAGCUCCUCCAAGUUCAGAAUGCUAGCAGCCAAUGUUCUUUGUACCUCAUGUUCAGUCAUCAUAUAUGCCACUGAAUGGUUUGUGCCUCUUACACAGCCAAAUGUUGCCAAGAAGAGAAUGGGUAUGUGUGUGGACUGCCAUUGUUAUUGUCAGCUGUUGCAAGUGCAGACAAAAUUGGGUGACUUGGUAAGUGAAGCUGACCAUCAGAUUUUGAGAAAGUGGAUAAUUAUGUAAUUUGGUUCCUUGGCCAACAAUAACUAUUUGAUGUUCUUUAUGAAGAUGUCUUUUUCAAUACAGAACUUGAUCAAGAAUUUAUUCUUGUUGGCCAUACUUUCCCUUUCCCAGUGUGGUACAAGUGCACUUGCCUACUGCCUAUUGCUUGGUAUUACCAACAAUUUUUAUUCCCAAAAUGUACAAUGUAUAUAAUCAAAUGAAGUCAGUUUUUAUUUGAACUUCUUUUUUCUCCUUCCAGUAUUAGAGGUACAAUGUAUGAUAACUUAUAUGUAUAUUGUAAGAGUAAUGAAAGAAAGUUCAAGAAUUCAUAGAGCAAUUUAUUUCUGUCAGAUUAACAGCUAUGACAUGCUACAGAUUCUCAGUUAUCUGUAUCUGUGCAGUGCAGGAACAGUGCAUUAUUUUAAUAAUAGGAAUUACUUUAUAGAGAUUAUGUUCUACAUCAGAAAUUUUGAUGUUGAGCUGUGGAAUAGUUAUUAACUUCAUUUUUGGUCGUGUUGACCAAUGGUAGAAAUAGUAUAAUUAGUUUUUAAACCUUGAAUUUCCAUUCAAAUCUUCACUUAACCACAUUGUAGCAUUCACUGUAUUUUGCUGUCAGUUUUUGUGUCAUAGUAUAUUCAUAAAACAUUCCUUGGUAGCUCAGGAGAUCAUUUGGUCAUGUGAUAGGCUAUCUGCAAACCUAUAUGUUUCAUCAACACUUUCUUAGCAUUGUAACCAUAUAGUGUGAUUGUAAAUACUCACUGAUGUACUGUGCUCAUUAUGGUGUAUUGUCUUGGCAUAAACUUGUUAAUUGUCGCUGAUUAUUAUGUUUUCACUAUGUACUCUUUCUGUAAAACUGAACAUCUUAGUGUUCAUAGCAUACCUUAUGCAAUCAGAAAUAUUGGUAGUAAUUAAUUCUUACAUAUGUGCUGUGUUAAUAACAAUAGAAUUUCUGCCACAUUAUGGUAACUCUAAUAAUACAGUGUCCAUGAACACAUGCAUUUGUUACCCCAAAUCUGCAUUACGUUACAUUACACUGCAUGCAUUCCAUGGAUCCGAAGUUAGUCAAAAUGACUGUAGGAUGUGGAAUAUGUCAUAUAAAUACAAAACAUAUGUACAGUCCCAAUGGAGUCCCAAGAAUACACUGUGACUACACGCAAGGCUAUUUAAAGGUACAUAAGUUAUUUUCUAGACAACAAGUAUUCAUCAACAGAGUAGAAUGAAUGUGUAUUUAAGUAUUGUUUCAGUG